AUGUCUACUUCAUCAUCAUCAACAAAUCGUCGUCAUAUAUCUGUAUGUUCUGUAUGUGGUGAUAAAGCAAGUGGAAAACAUUAUGGAGUAAUGAGUUGUGAUGGUUGUCGAGGAUUUUUUAAACGAAGUGUUCGACGUAAAAUAGAAUAUAAAUGUAAAGGUGAUUCGACUUGUCAAGUUGAUGUUAAUCGACGAAAUCAAUGUCAAGCAUGUCGAUUUCAACGUUGUUUAGCAAUGAAAAUGAAACCUAGUGCUGUACAAAACGAACGAGCACCACGUCAUGGAGCUAAACGAGCAGCAUUGCCUCUUCUUCCUCCUCCUCCUCCUCCUCCUUCUAUUCCACUUCCUCGAAUACAAUGUUGGACACCACCAACAGCUGUUGGGUAUGUAAAUGAGUCACCACAAGUGACAAUGUCAUUUGGCUUUCGAAAUUUAGCGAUUAAUAAUACUUCAUCUCCACUAUGGUCUCGAAUGAUUUUUCCACAACAAAAAUUUAAUUCAUCAUUAGAUUCAACACAACAAACUAUAUCGGAUUUUUCUAAUACUACUGAUGAAACACGUUUAUCCCUUGAUGUUACCAAUGAUGAAAUAAUAUGUGAAACAGCUUCAUUUCUUUUACUUGAAUCAAUUCGAUGGUUAUAUUUAGUACCUUCAUUUAAAGAUUUAAAUGAAUAUGAUCAAUAUUUAUUAAUAGAACAAUCAUGGUCAAUUAUAUUUUUAUUAACAUCAGCUGAAAUGAAAAAAUUUAUUGAUCAAAAUGAAAAUGAAUCAUUUGAUGAAGAAAAUCAAUAUUCAUUAUUUCAAUCAAUUGUUAAAGAUUUAAUUUUACAUUCAAUUGAUCAAACAGAAUAUACAUUACUUAAAUUAAUUAUUAUAUUUAGUAUUCCAACAAAUUAUGAAUUAAAUGAACGAUUUAUAAUUGAUAAAUAUCGAAAAGAUGCUUUAUUUAUGUUAAAUGAAUAUACAAAAAAUUCAAAAUAUCGUCGUUUAGCUGAACUUUUAAUGUUAUUAUCACAUAUUCAAGAAACAAUGUCAACAAUUUAUUUAGAUAAAAUAUUCUUUCGACAUUUAAUUAAUCGAAUAUCUAUGCAAAAUUUAUUACGUAAUAUUAUUCGACAUAUUCGAACAUUUUCUCGAUAA